UUGGCCUGCAGAAGCUUCUCUCUGGGUGUUCCUAGAUUGUUCCAUGUAAGGGUCACCCUUCCGCCCCACAAAGUGGUUGAUUGUUGGAAUGAGAAGAGGGCCGUAUUUGGGGUAUAUGACAACAUCGGGAUCCUGGGAAACUUUGAAAAGCACCCCAAAGAACUGAUCAAGGGCCCCAUAUGUCUUCGAGGCUGGAAGGGGAAUGAAUUGCAGCAUUGUAUCCGAAAGAAGAGAAUGGUUGGAAAUCGGAUGUUCAUUGAUGACCUGCACAACCUGAACAAACGCAUCACCUAUCUCUACAAACGCUUUAACUGGCAUGUACAAGUACCGGUAGAAGAGAAAGCUGGGAACUGUGGAAGAGUCAUAUCUCUCACCCAAGAGAAGGGGAAAGUUCAGAAUACAGAAGAAAUACUGUACCAGUCUACAAUCCCUUUAGAAACCACUUGA